AUGGAGACCUUGAGUGUGGAGGUGAACAUGUCUGUGGAAGAGGGGGAAGCCCACAUGGCCCAGAUGAAAAGUGGGGAGCUGAGCGCUCCCACGGUCAAACUGUGGAUGGACCUGGAGGGAGCAAAAGCCCCACGUGGCAUUCAUGUAGAGGCAGUUAAGGAUUUGCAGACCGCAGCACCUCCACAGCAGGUGAAAUGUGAACCGCAAGAGGGGCUGCAGGAACGGUGGGAUGCCCAGUGGCAGGAGUUCCUGCGGACGCUGCAGGCCCCUCACCCAGGAUGGGGGAACACGCAGGCGCCUGAGGAGCCCAGGCCCUGGGAUGAUGCCAAGGCUUUCCUGGCCUCCUUCGAGCAAGUGGCGUCGGCGUGCCAGUGGCCUCAGGACAAGUGGGUGGCCCUCCUCCUGCCGGCCCUCAACGGAGAAGCCGAGCAGGCCUUCAGCGGCCUCAGUGGCCUUGACCGAGGAGACUAUGAGAAGGUGAAGGCGGCCAUCUUGGAAGGGGAGGCCAUCUUGCGGGAGAGGCAGCGCCAGCACUUCCGGCAGCUCCGCUAUCGGGCCACGGAGGGGCCGAGAGGCGUCCACGGCCGACUGCGGGAACUGUGCUGCCGGUGGCUGAGAGCCGAGAGGCACUCGAAGGAGGAGAUCCUGGAGCUGCUGAUCCUGGAGCAGUUCCUGACCGUCCUGCCCCAGGAAAUGCAGGGCUGGGUGAGGGAACGGGGCCCGGAGUCCUGCGCCCAGGCCGUGCUCCUGGCCGAGGAGUUCCUGGCGAAGCAGAGCACGGUGAAAGAGGAAGGAGAGGUGUCAAGGCCUUUGGGGCUUGGGGCAGCUGCGGCUUCCUCUGAGGCCAGCCAAGUUCGGUCCUUGGGAACCUGGAAGAGGCACCUUUGCAAGGCAGCCAAGCCAGCGAGGAAAGGACAUGCAAACUCAGUGGGUGACAGGCAGAUACAGGAGAACAAGGUGGAGAAUCUUCGUCGGGGAGCUUCUGAGCUGUUGGCAAAGGAGAAGGACUUAUUGCAAACAGGCAACAUCUUCCAGUAUUAUAAGGAAGCCAAAAUACUUGGGGUUCAGCCAGAGUCACCGAAUGAACAGGGAAAGGUUGCGGAGAAGAGUGCAACGGAACUCCUUUCCUAUUGGGGAGGGGGCUCUCAAAGAAAAGGGACCACAGCCCAAGAGAAUAUCCUGCGGGGUGAAAGCGAAAGGAUGCCCGGUGACCUGGGAGGAUGCCCCAGGUGGAACUCAGACAUUAAGGUCGUUCACACUGUCAGAAAACCAGGGGAAGUGCGAGACCAAGAGGAAACCUCCGUCAAAAGCUCAAACCUUGACACAAAUGAGAGAACCCACCUGGGAGAGAAGCUGCAUAAAUGCGCCUAUGGUGGGAGGAGCUUCUGCCAUAGCGCAGGCCUCACAGCACAUGAGAGAAUCCACACCGGAGUGUUUGAAAAUGAGGGGUAUCGUCUUCAGCAGGAAGCACGGGCGCACCUGGAGCUGAGAGACGCCUCGCUGAGAAGAGGCAAAGUUCUUCGGUAUGGCGAAGAGGGAGCGAGGCUUGGAGGACAGCAGGGGAGUAAGCCAGAGAGGAGCACGGACGGAGUCCUUCCCAGUAAGGGCGGUACCUCUGGGUGGGAAGAAGGCAAAGGCCACCCAAGGCUCCACCACUGCCCCUGCGGACGGAGCUUUAAGCACCGCUGCAACCUGAAGGCCCACGAGAGAACCCACACCGGAGAGAGGCCGCACAAGUGUUCAGACUGCGGGAGGAGUUUUGGCAAGGGCUCGACCCUCCGGGCGCACGUGCGGACUCACACCGGAGAGAAGCCGUACAUGUGCUCGGCGUGCGGGAAAAGGUUCACGACCAGGUCGGGCCUCCUGACCCACGAGCGGAUCCACACGGGCGAGAGGCCCUACAAGUGCUCGGCCUGUGGGAGGAGCUUCAUUCAGAAGUCGUGUCUUCUGGCCCACGAGAUCAGCCACCGAGGGGAGAAGUCGUACACGUGCGCCGACUGCGGAAAGAACUUUGGGCACAGCUCAGGCCUGCGGGUCCACAGGAGGAUCCACACAGGAGGCAGAACCGUGGAACAUCUCUGA